GUGCUUCCGGUGGCCGAGGCUACUGGAUGCGGAGAGCCUUCGCGUCCGCUCCGGUGCUGGGUUCGAACCUAGCCACACCUUUGGCGGCCUGGACCUCUGGGCCCCGGGCCCGGCUCAGACACACCUCUGUGUGGUCCCUGGAGCCCCUUGCGGUAUUUUCGAGGGUUUUGACAUCUCGUGCUCCAAACCUAAAAGAAGAGCUCUACGACCCCGGAAGCGCUUCUACACCCACGCCCGGAAGUAGCGAAAAAGAAAGUGCGCAGUAAUCUCGGAAGUGCGCCACGCGGCUCCAACGCCACGCCGGGGCUUUGCAAAACCUGCGGUUGUCGCCAUUUUGCCACGGCGCCUUGGAAUCCAAAGCCAUCGCGGAACUUGGUCCUCCCUGAACACGGAAAACUGUGACGGGUUGCUGAAAGAAUCGGGCAAGGCCCCAAAGAGGCCAGAGCGGCACUCAGGUAGGGCCCCCCUGGUAAAUGCAGAGGCCCCCUGGGAGCCCGCUGACGUGUCCCCUCCAGCCGGCCACCUCAUAACGACGCCUCACGUUCCGGAGAGGCCAGCGCCCCGCAAGAGCCUGAGAACACAGAAAAAGGACUUGCAGCGCCUUUGAGUUGCGGUCUUCCCCGGAGCGCGUCCUGCCAGGGCGCCACCUCCCCACCGUGCCGCCAUUGCCGGUGUGGGUGCAGCCUUUAAAGACUGAUUGCCGGGAGCGUUCGGGGCUCCUUUGGUUGGCGGAAUCCCCUUAGCCCCAACCCAUCUGCACGCUGUUAAACCCCUUCUGGGAGAAAUGGCUUCUCUAGAGGAUGCCCACCGCCUUGGGGGUAAGACCCCUAUCCAGAGCUCCUCAGACUCUGAACCUGCAGCCAGAGCUGAGGGACAACACAGGGAGGCCGCGGAAUCAAACAAGGUCAAGGGAAAGAGUGCUAUGUUGCACGACCUGACCUCUCCUUCCAAUUACAUGAAGGCUCUCCAGGGCAUCCUGGGAAAGUUCAUACCAAAAGGACAGCCCUCCCGGGGUGCAAAACUGAGCACAAGCGAGCAUCCCGACCCCGGGGGAGAAACCGCCAGGGUUGUCACCUUCUCUGCUCCUGGGGAAAUGCAAGCGUUGGCCCCAGUGGUUAGAGAGAAGGAGAAGAUGCUGAUAGAGGUCAGCAGUUCGGGGGACAGGAAAGUGAUCAUCAGUCCUCGGGAGAAACCCAGCAAGAAGUCCCCGGACAACCAGAUGGUGGUCGUUUUCGAAAAGGGCUCCCCAGGCCUCCAGUAUCUAGACAGAGGUAACUCUUAUCCAGAAUCCCAGCAGUACAAAGAAAGGGAUACGGUGACCGAGCGCCCCUCUCCGGCCAGUCACUUGUCUGUGGAUGAGCUGGCUGCAAUGGGACUCUCUCAGAGGCCAGUCUCCCUGGGUGUCACCAGAGUCCUGCAGCCUUCAUCCUUCGCCGCUAACCCGGUCAUGUACCAGCCUCCCGUGUACAUGGGUCCUCCGCUCGACUACGCCGGCUACCGCAGCAACAUCCUCCAGGCUUCCCACUACGCCUCCAUGGGCAACAGCAGCAACGUCCCCCAGGCCGUGAAGAACUGGGGAGGCUUCGGCGGUUACGCCCCCACGUCAGAAGUGCACUUGCCGAACUGGCCCCGAGACUGGAAGCCGUCAGGAGAAGAUCCGGCCCUGAAUUUUCACUUGGUUCAUUUCCCCGGAAGCUCAGCGGCGAGCCAGGAGAGGAUGACCGUCCAGGCGGGGAUACCAUCACAUUCUUGUGCAGGCUGUGCAGCUGGUUCCCCCCCAGGGAGCCACUGGAAGGGAAGCCUGGGUUUCAUCGACACCCACUGUCACUUGGACUUGCUCUUCUCCAAGAUGUCUUUCCAAGGGUCCUUUAAGAAGUUCAUGGAAAUGUAUAGCCAGUCCUUCCCUAAGGAAUUUCAGGGCUGCAUCUCUGAUUUCUGUGAUCCUCGCACACUGAAGGAUGGCAUGUGGGAAGAUCUUCUGAAGGAGGAUCUGGUCUGGGGGGCCUUUGGCUGUCACCCCCAUUUCGCACGUUACUACAACGAGACUCAGGAGAGAAACAUCCUGCAGGCCUUACGACACCCCAGGGCCGUGGCGCUUGGAGAAGUGGGUUUGGAUUACUCGUACAAGUGCACCACCCCUGUCCAGCAGCAGCAGAAGGUAUUUGAAAGGCAGCUGCAGCUGGCCGUGUCCCUGAACAAGCCCUUGGUGAUCCACUGCCGGGAGGCUGACCAAGACCUGCUGGCCAUCAUGAAACGAUACGUGCCUCCUGACUACAAGAUCCAUAGGCACUGCUUCACUGGCAGUUACCCGCUCGUUGAGCCCCUCUUGAAGUACUUCCCUAACAUGUCUGUGGGUUUCACAGCCGUCCUGACUUACUCUUCGGCCUGGGAGACCCGGGAUGCCCUGACGCAUAUCCCACUGGACAGAAUCGUCGUGGAAACGGAUGCUCCCUAUUUCUUGCCUCGGGGGGUUCCCAAAAGCCUUUGCCAGUAUGCCCACCCGGGCCUGGCCCUGUACACGGUUCGAGAGAUCGCCAGAAUCAAAGGUCAGCCGCUCACCCAAAUCUUGGCCACCUUGCGUGAGAACACCAACUACAUCUACAAUAUUUAAGCAAGGAGGGAGUGGUCAGGCGUCUUCCAGAAAAGGGAGACCAGCGGCCUGACAGCACAGACUUGAUGUGAACUCUGCCUGCGUCUCGAGGUCAAGACGUGUUCCAGAAGCCCACUAGAACAGCAAAAAAAAGACCGCGGCGGGCUGUUUUCUUCAAAACCUCUUCGUAAGACUUCUCCUUGUGACUGGUAGGAUGGGGUGCAGAAUGGCAGGAUGGGUAGGGGGAACCACCCUCGAUGUGGUUUACCAGGGUUUUUCCUCCUGGCCAAAUUGUGCCAGGACGGACAGUAAGAAAAGAAAGCGUUCCAUAGGGUACAAGUUGGCUAAAUCCAGCUGCCUGUUCUCUGCAUCCUGGGGCUUUGAGUGGUUGCUGCAUAAAGUCACCCUCCUACUUGUCUUUAAAAAACACAGAACAAACAAAAAAGGAAUGUGGGAGUUUCAAAGGGAGCCCGGUGAUUUGUUCUGUGGGUUCCCAAAAUGUAGUUGUUGUUCUAGGAAUUCUCUAACCCGUACGGUUUGUCGUUAAAUUCAUCACUCAGUGACUGCGACUUGCAGUUUCUUGUUUCUAAAGAUAAGCCAAUACUAGCAUUUCAUCUCAAAGGCCAUGGAUUUAGGUAAAAAUUAGCCCAUGAAUAGGCAGAACGGGCUGGGGGGCGGGGGCGGCCGGCUCUCCGUGGAGGCACUUCCAGCGACCGGGAGCCAGGUCAGUUGAAUCUUGGAACAGCGCUGAGAUGAGUUUUGCAUCUGAACUGAACUUGCAAAGCUUGUGUGAUUCCAAAUCUCUUCACGGAACCAGUAUAUUAAUAGCAACUGCUGUUCAGAUUGCUCUGACUGUUAACAAGGCCCAACUGUAUACCACUUAGAAAUACUGUUCUCCUGGAGGACAGAAACAGAGGAGCUUUAGCUUCCCGCUUGGCAAACAGCCGUCCUCCCAGAGAAAUUUGCAGGAACUCCCAUUUUAGGAAAAUAUUGGAGUUCUGAAACUUAGUUCUGCCAGCCAAAACACACACCUAAAUCCAAGAGUCCCAUUAUCGGAUGAGAAGGGCCAUUUUACUUUAUUUUUUUGAAUGUUUAUUUUUGAGUGCGAGCAAGUUGGGGAGGGGCAGAGGGAGAGGGAGAGAGAGUGAGUCCCAAACGGUCCCAAGUCAGCGCAGAGCCCGACGUGGGGCUUCCAACUCCACAUCCCGUGAUACCGUGACCUGAGCUGGAAUCAAGAGUCGGAUGUUUAACAGACGGAGCCACCCAGGCACCCCAAGGAGUGCCAUCCGUUUUAAAGACGGAAAAUUUCUUUUAUUCUCACAAACCGACUUGAUGAAAACGGGCCCAGCGUUCGCUAGACUUCUCUGGGUUCCCGUGUGUCCUUUUAUCUGGAUCCUGAAAAAUCCGCUGGCUCCCCCUCUGGUUCUCGGCUCAAAAGUCUCCUCCACAGGGAAGCCCUCCCUGACCACCAAAUACAUAAAUGCUCCCCUCACCUGGGAGGAAAAAACUCCCUGGCUUACUGUUUGGCUUUCAUCAUACCACUUGGCACAGGCUGGAUUGUGUUGUUAGUCUGCCUGUGCGAUCAUUGGUUCUCCUCCCCACUAGGUUUAGAAGCUUGCCAUUCUUCAUCACACCCGAUGAACACACACCUUGUACAUACACCCUUUGUUAGAACAGUAUCUGGAACAGUGCAGGCCCUCAGCAAAGAUUUAACAUGGGAGUUACUGUCUCCCUGGAUGGGAUAAGUGACGUCACUGACACCUGGGAGUUAAGUGACAGUAUUUUGUGCAGGGGGGGGGGGCGGGGGACAGAUAGUAGGGAGAGCACAGAGAAAUAAACCACCAUCUCUAGCAUGCCCUUUAAAAGGCGAGGCAAAAGAAUUGACGGGCGGCGAUACUCUCUCUGUUUCCACGUCCUCCGGAGUAAGAGACUAUUAGAGAGGGUCGAACCCUGCCAGGACCCUGAUAGUUCGUGUUUCUGUAAAUAACCCUGAAUGUAUCAUAGAUUUUUCUUUUCCCUCUUUGCUGCGGAUCCAGUUUUUUUUUUUUUUGAGAAGAAGGAAGCGGAAGUGUAAGAAAGCUGUUAAGAGCUUUACUUUUCUUUAGGAGAACAAAAGAAGUCCAGUGUCAAAGGUGCAAGUUGAUUAUCUUUUCAAGACCGAAAAGCCUUCCAACACGAAGCCAGUGUUUUGAGGCAAGGCUUUUUUUGUUCCCCCAUUUAAUGCACAGUGUAAAGAGACACGGCACAGAGUGUGUCCCUCAACCCACAGGAGCCCUGAGCUUUUUAUAAAGGGUUGCAGAAAACAAGGUUCCUUGGACACACAUCUUGGGGGAAAUACUGAGUUAUAACAAAGUUCCACACUUUUACUUUGGGGAUCUCACAUGUCCUUUGAUACGCUGAUGUGAGCCACACGUCCCCAAGAGGGUGUUUCUCAAGGUUACCUCUAGAUUAGUUUGAUUCAUUCGAGAUAACAAUUCAGCAAGCUCAAGUUCUUUGGGACCGCAAGCGUGGGAAACACCUCAGUCACACUCUUCGCUGUUGCGGUCCCCUUACCACAUCGUGUACUUCUCUGUGCUCCUCACACCCUUUUUCAUUGCCCUUUCUAGCUGCCUAAGAUCCAUGGAGAACAAAACACAAAAUGUCAUUGAUCCGGUCCUAGCAAGGUGACAUUACCAAGUGGGCAUUUCAAAAAUGGGUGUGAAUGAACAAUUGCAUUUGUAAGUACACGUUGCACAAAAGAGAGAGAAAAUAUAUAUACACACAACAAUUAAUUUUCCUCUCCAAAAAAGAAGUAUCUCCUUUUUAUACGGAGAAAAUACUUUUCUUAUCUGUUCCUCUCCCUCUGCAUUUUUAUGGCAAACGCAUAGACUAUGCUCUGCAGUGUUUCUAACACGCGGGAGAGCGCCUUGCCAUAGUUCAGCUUUAUUUCUUCAGGAAUGGGAGUGGACAGUGUGGUUUUUUUUCUGAGUGCAGUACAUCCAAA